AUGCCGUUCUUCACGAUGGAGGACGCCAAGACGUCCUUCAACCUCUUCUGCUGCAUGUACGGCAUCGGCACCCUCGGGAUGCCUGGCAAUUUCUCGCGCGCCGGACCUGUGCUCGCCGUCAUCGCCAUGGCCUUCAUGGCAUUCGCCAACAUCUACGCGUCUGUCAAGAUGUCUCGCGUGAUCCUGCUCGCCCCCAAGUCUGUCAAGACGUUCGGGGAUCUCGGAGAGUGGAGCAUGGGCCAAACUGGUCGUUGGCUCUGCGUCAUCUCGCAAAUGGGCUCGUGUCUACUCAUCCCCUGCGUCUUCCUGGUGCUGGGCGGCUCGCUGCUCGACGGACUCUUCCCUGAAGCCUUCAGCGCCACCGUGUGGAUCAUCCUCAUGGCGCUCAUGGUGUUGCCCGUGUGCCUGGUCCCCACUCUCAAGGAGGGAGCUGGCGCCGCCUUUGCCGGCUGCAUGGGCACCAUUAUCGCUGACGUGAUCGGCGUGGCCGUUGUCAUGCAUGGCAUGCGCGGCCACCCUUCAGUGCCGUCCCCGGACCUCAAGGUCUCCCAAGUUCUGGGUUGCUUCGGCAACUUGGCUCUGGCCUACGGAGCUGGUAUUGUCAUCCCGGACCUGCAGCGCCAGAACAGCGACCCGACUCGCAUGCCUCGCGUCAUUUUGGUUACCGUGAGCUUCAUCUCGUGCCUGUUCCUCGUGCUGGCCAGCACUGCUUACUCAGCUGUGGGCUGCCAGAUUUCGGGCAACUUGCUCUUCACCAUUUACCCGGACGCGGACACCGGAAUGACCACCCUGGGCUUCGCACCGAGCUGGGGCGCUGUGGUGCUAGCAUACCUGUUCAUGCAGCUCCACAUUACCAUUGCCUUCUCCGUGCUCAUCGACCCGGCCUUCUACCUUGCCGAGCGUAUGGCGCUGGGCAUGCACAAGAAGACAGACAUGGAAGCUGGCGUCGGUUAUGCCGAGUCCGCGACGCCUGCCAUCCUCCAGACCGAGUCUCGCCGCAGCUCCAAGAUGUCCUAUGUAUCCGUGGCGGAUAGUGAGCGUGACUUCAAGGACGACCCGGAGGCUGAAGCGGCAGAGUACCGUGGUGGCAAGAACACCCUCAACUACAUUACGCUGCGUAUUGUCAUUAUCGUCAUCCUCGUCGUGCUUUCCAUUAUCUUCCAAGAUCACUUUUCGGAUUUCGCCGAUUUCGUCGGCGCGUCGUGCAUCACGGUAAACUGCAUCCUGCUACCGAUCGCCUUCUACCUAAUGAAGGCGUGGGGAAGUACUCCGUGGUACGAGAAGGCCGCCGGCGUAAUUGUGCUCGUGGUGUGCUUCUUGCUGGGUUGCUAUGUCACGUAUACUACCGGCAAGGCGCUGUUCUCGCCGACCGACAGUGAUACCGAGUUCCCCUACUGCAGCACCGAGUACGAGAACCAGAUCUACUACAACUACAUGGCAGAGCACGAGUCCUAG